UCACAUCGCACUGCACACACAAUAUGCCUGUCACACGGAAACGAAAAGGCUCGCCAGCCCUCGAGGAAGAUGCCGAGUCAUCGAAGCGCAGAUUCGCCGAGGCCAACGUGCCCGACCAGCAGCUGGAAUCAGAGUUGAAGGAGGAUGUAGCAGAAGCGGCUGCAAAGGACGACACAGCAACGACGCCGGCAGAGGCAGCCACAGCGCCUUCAGCAGCCGAUGAGAGAGCAGCGCGAUUUGCGGCACUGCGCGCCAGAAAUGCGGCCAGUCGCAAAUCGAAUUUGCAGGAGACGAAGCAGGAAAUGCAGAGAGCGUCCGUGGACCCAUCGCAGUUGACCUCCAUAAACCGGAAGAAAGAUGUCGCAUCGCAUAAACUGCUGAAAGCCGAGAUCGAAGAAAGUGGCGAAGACUUUGAAAGGAAGCGAGCGUGGGAUUGGACGAUUGAAGAGUCAGAGCGAUGGGACGAGCGACUAGCUGAAAAGGCACGAAAACGCGAUGAGAACCAAUUCGUAGACUACAACAAAGAGGCAGGAAAGGUAUAUGAGCGGCAGUUGGGUCAAAUGGCAAAGGCUGGGUUCGAGGAGAGGUUAGCAUCCUACGAACAGGACAAGAGAGAAGCAAUCAACAGAGCAGUUGCAAGUGGUGGGUUGGAGCUUGUGGAGACGCAGGAUGGCGAGCUCAUAGCCGUGGACAAGGACGGCACAUUCUACUCUACCAACGACACCAGCACAUUCACGAACGGCAAGCCCUCCAAAGAUGCCGUUGAUCGUCUCGUCGCAGAUAUCAAGAAGGCGGAGGAGGUGCGCAUGAAGAAGCGACGAGAACGUGGCCGGCCAGACGAGGAUGGCUCGGAUGUGACGUACAUCAACGAGAAGAACAAGCAGUUCAACAUGAAGUUGGCGCGCUUCUACAAUAAGUAUACUGCGGAUAUUCGGGAGAGCUUCGAGAGAGGCACGGCGAUAUGAGUGAAUGAUAACGAGCCAAGAGUUGAUCACGGAUCCUCACUUUUCCAUCGGACAAGUUUGUCGAAUACCAUCCGUGACCGUCUUCACGCGUCUCAAGCAUAUCCGAGCCCUAAGUCUCUCAAACCAAGCAGACGGCAGAAGUGGUCAUGGUUCUAGACUAGGAUUGCUUCCCUGCUACAUGUGGAAGGAGCUUAUCCUGACCUCAAUAUGAGCCACACAACGCGAGUUUAUAGGCCAUGCAGCACGUGGCGGCGCCGGGGUACAGGACUAGCCAGGUUGUGAUCGAACUGGACUUUCGAUUUCGCCAUCUCAGUCUCGGAAUGUUUACGAAUAGUUCGCGCGCAGUCGCAUGAAAAUGGUCCAGCCCUAGAUGUGGUAAGACGGCAACCUUUGUCGAGUGGGCACCUAGGAGUGUUCUCCAUAUGCGUAGUCAGCUACU